AUGACGCGGAGAGUAGGGACAGUCCUUAGGAUCUGCCACUUCAACAUCGGAGGAAUAUCAAAUGCUAAGAUCGAAUUGCUAGGAAAUAUCUGCAGACCAAAGGCUAUUGAUGUAAUUGCUAUACAAGAAACACAUACAGUUGAUAAAGCUGAUCUCUACAAAAGAAGGUACAUAGCCGGUUAUGUACUUAUUGGAGCUAUUCACCAUAAGCAGUAUGGUGUAGCGGCAUUUGUGAGAGAUAAUAUUGACAGUGCAAGGAUGAUAGUCAGCGAAUGA